GUAUUAAUAUAUCGUCACGUCCCUCCAUCUCUCUCCGGCGGUUAUCCACCAUCUCGCGCGCACUCCGUCUCUCUCCUUCCCUCAAUUUACUUCAUUGAUCAACAGGUUUAUAUAUUUACAAGGAAAAACCUAAGAACAUGUCUUAAAUGGAUAGCAUUAAUUGUUGAAGUUUCUUGUUGCCUCAUAAUAUAGAAAUAGACUAGAAUAAUUUUGUGUUGCGUUAUUUCCAAUUGAUCUUUGAAUUUAGUGAAUUAAGGAGACGAGCGGUUGGGCGGGCAAUGAAGGGCAGGGGGAAGAGGAAGUUUUUCAAGUGCCUGGAACCGUCAGGUGUACACGACGGCGCCGCAGAAAUGGUCGAUGACGCCGGUAAAUCUAAACGCUCCAAUAGCGGCGGCGAUGCUUUUGAUGGGUUCCCACGGGAUUUUUCGUCGUCGUCCCACGACGGGGACUUGGCAAAACAUAGGGAAGCGAAAUCUCGUAGAAGCAUAUCUCGCCUCAUCAAAGCCAUCCUUUUCGAAACGUCUCUGUCACGGAAAUUUCAAAAGAAAGGGCUGUGUCUUCCAAUCUUAGAAUCAAAAGAUGAACAUUUGUUGUCUGAAGAAACAGAGAGGGCAAAAAAGUCGUUGUCGGGAAAACAAUCAGAAGAAAUUCUGGGCGGGAGCCGUUCAUCGGACAACAUGUGGGACUGUUCGUCCUUAUCCACGACCACGGCAUCCUCUUCCCGUGCAUCUUCGAGGUCAGCGUCGGACAGAAUCAGGACAUUCGAGCCGACAAACUUAAACGAAGAGACGGCGGCGGCUUCCAUGAUGAAGGCGGGCAACAUGGCUCCGAUUUUGAAACCACCUAAAUCGACGGCGGAAUGGAAGGACCCACCUCAUGUUCCAAAACACAAGGCGGCGGCGGCGAAGCGUUAUUGUUGCUACCCUAAAAGUAGUAGUCGGGGAAGCAUAAGAGUAAUCUGUUUCGUGAUAAUAUCGCUGAUGGCGUUGGUGUUUGGGGGGAAAGUUUUGGCCAUUAUUUUGACUUCAAUUUGGCUGUAUUUGGUGCCUCACCCUUCUUUCGGCCAGCGGUUGCUUCAGCCUCACUGCGGCCUAGUCGUCGACGACGGAGUCGUGUCCAAAGAAACCACCGCAAGUCGAUUGGUGUCUGUCCACGCCCUUAAUUAAUUAAUCUCCAUCAUUUUACUCAUUGUUGGGGUUUUGUUUUAUUUCUUUAUCCUUGUUACUUAAGAAACUAAGAAAACGUGCUUUUCAACGUUGCUUGAAAAUGUUAAAAAAGUGUUUUCAAC